UGUUAUCAUCCAUAAUAUUUCUUCAACAAUUUAUGAUGGCGGAUAAUAUCCUGCGCUGUGAUGCCUAAAAGUAUAUCAUCGAAGUUUAGUCGUCGGGACAGUGUUUCAUAAUCAAAAAAGCUGUCUGAGAUUGGGAGUAUACUCUCUACUUUAACGAUUUAACGGAAGACUGAGUUAGCAUGGGGAAUUUGUUCUACGUUUUGUAGUCGAUGUGGCUUAAGGGAAACGAUAUUUUAGCAAACCAACAAUCAUACUUGCGUGGAUUAAUAACCAACGCCUAGUGAGGCAGAGAUUUAUCAGACUUGAUUAUUCAAAGACGAGGAGAAAUGGGAGGAAAACAGUCUACUAAUUCACCAAAUGGCAGGCAGCAAAACAGAACUAGCUAUGCUCAUACGUCAUCGAGUCCUUUGGUUGCCACUGGAAGUGACCCAGGACGGGCCCAGGGAAGCCACGACAGAAUACGUGCAAGGACUUUUAAUGAUAUAAACAGUGAUAACAGACCUUUAGCUGUUCCCCGUGAAUUGUUUGAUCAAAGGUAUGUUUCAGAGUUCGGUCUAGCUACAGCGAGCUUGCAAGUUAACGGGAGAAGACGCAGAAGAAGGGAAAGAGAUGACUCGAAUGAGACAAAUUCGUUGCCUUCACAGCUAUUCUCCGCCUUCAUUUCAGAGUUAAAAUGCCCAGUUUGCAAUAAGACUUUGCAUUCAGAUACUUUGGAAGUGCAUCUAGUGGAAUGCCUCUCAAAGCCUCGCAUUUGUUACAAUGCUGAUGUUCUUAUAAUCGACUCUGGGGAGUGUGUAAUAUGCUUUGAAGAAAUGUCCAAAGGAGAAACCAUAGCAAGACUCCCCUGUUUGUGUGUUUAUCACAAAACGUGUAUAGAUGAUUGGUUUAAAAGAAGUCGAACGUGCCCGGAGCACCCUGAACAGCCGGCUCCUCUGCCUGCCGAAGAAGAAGAAGAAGAAGGCGAAAGCGAGGAAAAGCCAGAACUUACUAGUUCAUUCGAGCCAUGAUAUAAUGCAUCACUGGUGUAACCGAUCUCCAGGCGAGGUAGAAUUUCCUAAUUUUCAAAUUAUAUAUAUAUAUGCUGAAAGUAAGACUGUCAUCGAUGCUCGUGACGUUUUCUUGAUACGAGAUGUGCAGUGCGUAGCCAGCUGAUAUGCAAGCCCUCCGAUCCACCAUGUCCUUGGCAUGCUGCGAAUGCCCCGUUCUAGUCCAGCAAGAAAGCAAUGACGCGUGGUGAUUCUAAGUUUUGCCCGGGAUAGUUUGUGUCGUGUACAAUAUGCUUAGUUAAUCAUGUUUUUUAUCAGAAUGUGUGUAUUUUGAUAUUUGUGCGAUUUGUUUUCAAAAUGGUAAAUUUGCCAGCUCUUGACAGCUAUCAGACCGUCUCUAAAUGGCCUAGAAACUUUGAGUAAGGAUGCUUCAGAACGCUCAACCUUUAUAUGCAAGGUUAGUUUAGAAUGCAUAAGAUCGUGCAUUCUUAUAAGAAUUUGCUUAGGCACAAAACAACCCAUCACCAGUUUUUCAGGCAUAAACUAAUGAUUCACCUAUCUAGGUGUUUGUUCUUUGACCUCCAUUGAUUCCAUGCUAGUAAAGGUACGCCUUUUUGGUUUGUUUUUGCCAUUUGUUUGGUUUUUGACCUGGACAAAUUUAUAAUGUGUAUAUCAUGUUAAUUUUCUGAACAUAGGACAGCUAAUCCCAUAAGGCAAUUGAUAAAGCAAAUCUUUUUUAAUAUAAAUGCCAGGGCAUAGGCUAAAGUUUUUAAAUUGGCAGUAAUCGUUAAUCUUGUUCUGAACUAUUUAGUCUUUUAGAAAAAAUUAAAGACUUCAGGAUAUUGAUCGAAAACCUUAAACUGGGAAAAUGAAGAUAACCCAUAAACACAUAAUCUUAGACACUAAAGAGUGUCUUAUGAAAAGCUAUGGUAUGUUUUAAAAUGCUCGCUUUUUUCAAAGCCAUUUGUGGAUUUUUUGCCACCAAAAAUUGUUUUUUUAUUAACCGACUCAAUGUGUCAUGGUCACAACGGACUGCUAACAAUUGAGUCAGACGUCGAAGAUCACGAUAAGCCUUCAAUUGAUGUCUAUAAUUCAGUUUGUUAUGUGACAUUCUUGUGUUCUUUGAGUAGUUGUUUUCUGUAAAAAGGUAUGGUGUUUUGUCCAGUAUUAUCUAUCCAUUAUACUGUCAACAUUCAGGGUUGUCUUAAUGGUCGACAUGGACCUAAGGCGUCCGACAAAAGUUUAAAGUCAGGCUGACUUGAUGCUUAUUAACGACUUGCAAAUAGUUUCGUAAUCUUGUGAAACAGAGAGUCGGUAACAUUUCUUUUGUACAGGUCACGACGACACCAAAAUUGCGACUGCUACCGAUGCUUUCACUUUUCGCGCAUAACAGUAUCGCUUCGUAUCAAGGCUGUUUGUCUUCCUUCUCCUAAUCAAUGAAGUUUUAAGGAGCUUUAACACAAAUAUUAUACAGCACUUACAUACCAUAGGUAAAACAUACAAUAAGCCACAAACUGUAACAUAGUAUAUGACCCAACGAUAGUACCUUUCUCCAACUUUUCACCAAUCCAGUCCCUUUCUGGCCCCGAGCCUUGAUUGUCUGUCCGUUUGAGUUGUGAACAAAAACCAAGCAAGCCAUGGGUAAGAUUGGUGUAACAUGCAACGUCUCAUCCCACUCAAAGUAGGGUUACUUGCCAUUUUAAUAGCAAAUAUAUUAACAUUGAAACUUUGGGUGGGGGUUAUAAUCUUAACCCUGUUUGUGUAUAAUCAAAUAUGUCACUACGAGUAUCAUUGCCUGCUGGAAGUAUUGAUAUCUGCUGCAGAUGCUCUCGUAAUAGUGCAAAGGUUUCUACCGCUGCAGCAAUAAAGCUACCCAAAAUAUAGCGACUGAUAUUAGAAAGUUUUGAUUUAUCAUCGUCAGCUUUCAUUCGAAAACUUGUAUCAAGCAGCUAUUAAAAACGUUGUAUUUACGUAAGUGCUAUCUACUGUAUUUCGCGCUCGAGUGCGUAUUGUGUAUACAUUGUAUUGUAGUAAAAUUUAGACUAAACUUCAAUUUGGUUGUUGAAAUAGAUUCAAGAAAACUGUGAAAGAAUAUGAAUAGAAAUAUUGCCAUAUAAAUAAAUGGAAUUCCAA